GGAGGCCGGCGGGACCCCGGUAAGACACCUGUGGAGCCGGGGAGAGUCUGGCUGCGGCUGCCGCUAAUGAUAAGCUAGCUGGAUGUGAUCAGUUCCCUGGUUUUGUUUACUGGGUGAAAUGUCCUCACGGCCAUGGCUUAAAAACUUCACCCUGACAUUAGAUGUAGCCAUGUUAGCCAUCAGGGCGUCAGAGGAGGAGUCCGCCGAGAUGGAGGAGAUGGACACCUCGGAGCCCAACUGGUGCUGGUUCUACCUGGCGGAGUGUGGAGUGUGGCACAUGUUCGAGAUUGACCCCAGUGCAGCGUGCUCUGUGACCAGUGCUCAGAUUGAGCAGUGCUACAGCAGAAACCAACGCGGUGUGAUGGAAUUCUACACGGCCAAGUACACCUACAGACUGGACUUUUCAGUGAUGCGACAGAUCAAUGUGACAACAGGGAAGCAGCGGCCAAUCAAACGCUCCCUCCACUCUGCAACUGGCUUCAGGUUUAUAUGUGAUAAUCUUGCUUUGCCCGUCCCCUGUCACUGGGAGAGAAUAAAUACAGAUGAGCCCUAUCAGCUGAUCCAGCUCGGCAGAGACACAUAUGAGUUCAAAGAAGUCGCCAGGUUGUACGAAAGGACAAUGGACCAUCCAAUCAAAUCCAUCCAGAGGAUUCAGAACCUGGACCUGUGGGAGUUCUUCUGCAGGAAGAAAACACAGUUGCGAAAAGUCAAGCGUACGCUGGAUAUCGAGGAGCGAAUGCUGUUUCACGGCACCGGACACAGCAACAUACAAGCGAUAUGUACGUUUAACUUUGACUGGCGGCUGACAGGAAGCCACGGCGACGUCUACGGCAAAGGGAGCUAUUUUGCACGGGAUGCCAAAUACUCCAGUAAGUUCUGUCACACUACGGGGAAGCACAACAACAUCCUGCAGAGGCACGGACUCGCCCCACCGAUAUUUGCGAGUGAGCCGCCCUACAAGACCAUGUUCCUGGCCAGAGUGCUCGUCGGAGAAUACACGGUCGGCCAUCCCAUGUACUGCAGGCCGCCCUCCAAGGACGCCAGCUUCACCAACUUUUUCGACAGCUGCGUGGACGACAUGGCCAACCCAAAGAUUUAUGUCAUUUUCGACAGCAAUCAGAUUUACCCAGAGUAUCUGAUUGAGUUCUACUGACGCCGAACAAGAACACAUGUACUUUUUAUUUUGGGGCUGGAUCUCAAAUCAUCAAAAUAUUUACGACACAGAGUCGGAUGACGGGAUGAAGCGGAAAAAGAAGCAGUUUAAAGGACGUUUGCUUUUUCUUCCAGUCGGAUCCAGUGCCUGACUGGAGCAUGAGUCAUCUAUUAAAGUGCCUUCGGGGGAAACUGCAGAGACAGUAAAGACUUUGUGUACAGUUUGUAUACUGUACAGUCUAAGUUAUGAUGGAACUAGUGGUUAGAAUGUUUCUGUGACAUAAAAAAGGAUGAAAUACUAAUUUAAGGUCAGUGUUUAUGGCGAUUGUUUUUUUUUUGUUUUUUUUUUAUAAAACGCAGAAUCUGUGCUCCGCUUGUGCAAUAUCUGUUGUUUAAAGUAAGAGUGGCAGCCUGAUGGUUAGAGGUGACGUCCUGUCGCCGGCUACAGCCCUGUCAUUCCAUCCACAGUGCCACAUAUGAGCUUAUUCAUGUAGACAUGAUUCCAAAUGACCAAACCAAAACCCACAACACGUUCCUGCUCACUCAUGUAACAUUGUUGUGUGUCAUUCAGUGACGUCAACAUCUGUGUGUCGCUAGUACAGAGUAUUACGCACACAUGGAUAUAUUUUUAUUUUGUUUUUAUUCAUAAAAACACUUCUACCUCUGAUUUCUUUUUUUACCCAUGCAUCAGUGCACUUUCCCCCCUUUCCAUGAAAGGUUUUUUUAAUUGUGUCACAAUGACAUAAAGUUGUGAUGUCAUGCACACUCGUUGUCCUCUACUCUCAACAACAAGUGCCAGUGACGAUUGAAUUUGGUAAAAAAAAAAA